AACGUCCGACCGUAAAGCAGCGCGAACGAAUUAUGGUCAUUUGGGGUAUACUGAUACCUUAACCAUAAUAUUGAUGAAGCCAAUUAUGUUGCUUAAGAUGAAAAUUGGCACAGGGAUUUCUCUUCCGGACCAGGUUAUGAUCAUAUUGCAUCAAAUGUGUUCAUUAUUUUUAGUAGAUGACGAGUUAACAGAAGUGUUCUGUCUAAGAACAAAAGUGGUGUAUGGAAACUGGAAGUAGAAACUAAAAAUUCACGAUGAACUUGCAAUUUGUUGGAAAUUAAUGGAGAAUUUCUUUAUGACUUUGCAGCGAAUGUUGUCUAUCAUCCUGAUGAGAAAUCCUGUUUACUUAGCGUUAACAAAUAGGCAAUUUUAAUUUAUACUUUUUCUUCUUCUUCUUCUUUAUCCAGUGAGUUACACAUGAAUCAUUUGAAAACCAUCGGUGCUUAUGUGUUUUAUGAAAUACCAGAGCUGUUACAUCUGGAUCUCCGAGGGAACCAUUUGCAAAUCAUUACAGCUGAAUCGUUCAGUAGUCCAUUUCAAAAUCUUCCAAAGCUGAAAGUGUUAAUUUUAAUGCAACAACAAAGUCCCUACCAGACAACAUAUGUGAUGCACAAUGCCUUCAAAAACCUGCCUGCGUUGAAAGAUCUAUGGUUGAAUGACAAUCUGUUGACAAAUUUCCCUCAUCCAGCUUUAUCACAGUCAUCUUCACCAUUGCCAUCUCUUUUAUACCUGCAUUUAGAAAAUAAUGCUAUUACUUCGUUGUCAAGUUUCACCAGCUCAGAGUUCUCACCUUUACUUGAAGAUCUUCACGCCACUCAGCAAAAUGUUCAUAAACCAUUUGAAAGAAUCACCGCCUUGCAAAGAUUGUAA